UUUCUUUAUUAUAUCACCACUAGGCGUGACUGCUUUUUUCGUUUGGAUUAUGUGACCCAAACGAUACAACAAACCUCUGCCAACAACACCAAAGCCAAAGGACUAAUAAGAUGCCUACUCACGCAACUAAGACUCGCAAGCUUCGUGGCCACGUCUCUGCUGGUCACGGUCGUAUUGGCAAGCACAGAAAGCAUCCUGGUGGUCGUGGUCUUGCUGGUGGCUUGCAUCACCAACGUACCCACAUGGAUAAGUUCCACCCUGGUUACUUUGGUAAGGUGGGUAUGCGUCACUUCAACCGUGACAACAACCCCAGAUGGCGUCCUACCGUCAACUUGGACCGCCUUUGGACCUUGGUUCCCAACGAGACUCGCGAGAAGUACUUGGGUAAGAACACUGAGGUCGCUCCUGUGAUCAACGUCCUCAACGCUGGCUACGGUAAGGUUUUGGGUAAGGGUCGUCUUCCCGAGACCCCCGUCAUCGUCCAAACUCGUUACGUCUCCCGCAAGGCUGAGGAGAAAAUCAAGGCUGCCGGUGGUGUUGUUGAGCUCGUCGCUUAAUAAGAUGGAAUGUCUCAUAGUGGAUCUCAACACUUUUGUUGCUAA